CAAAAAAGUCUGGAAAAAUGUCUCAUGAUAAAAAAGAAGAACAAGAGGAGGAGGAGGACGUGACCCCUCAACCCCCCGCUCAUCCUACCUCCUCAGUUACCACGAAAACGAUGAUGUCACCAAGGAAGCAGGACCUAGUGUGCAUCGUGUGUUUUGGCAGCUACGAUCUAACAACACGGCUGCCGCGGCGACUACACUGUGGCCACGCCUUCUGUCAAGCAUGCCUGAAGAGACUGGAUACAGUGAUCAAUGAACAGGUGUGGAUCCCGUGUCCUCAAUGUCGACAGAAUACGCCCCGGCCAAGAGGAGGAGCCGUGGGUCUGGACCUGGACUUGGCCUCUUUCCUGGGAGUGAAGGCCCAGCAGACCUAUACAUCCUCCUUCUCCUCGUCCUCCUGGAGCUCUGGUCGCAGGGAGGGGGCACCAGUCGGUGAUGCAGCCCAGGAUGGAAAGCAGUGGCUGAGGAAGGAGGUUACAGAUGAUGGCUGGUCACAUGGCGGACUGGCAGAGCCUCGCUUUCAUCGCUAUAGCAACUGUUGCCCACCCCUAUCCUAUUGGCUGUGCUGCUGGUUUUGCUGCUCAAGACAGGGCUAA